GUUCAGAAUUAUAAUAAGAUUAAUUUAAUACAAUUUCUUUUAAUCUUUGGAUAACUAGUGAGGCCAUUUGUAAAGUUAAGCAUGCUUGAUCUGAACACUGUCUAGGCUGCCAGCUUUACAGCGCAAGCGCAGACUGUUUUAUGCGCGUGCGCAAACCGAGCUGUAAACAAUGCGACCCUCCCAGAGCGACCGCGCGAUUAUACACGUUUAAUUUAUCGCACAUGCACAUUUGCGCGUUCACAUCACUCACGGCACCGCUGAUAGAUGGUAGCCAUUGCAGCAGAAGCAUGGAUGCGGUCCUGACAAGGUUGAGAGGUCUCAGUGCUGAUGAGUUAAGGGGGGAGGUCCUUAAGGCCAACUUGAAGUGUGGUCCCAUUACUGCCACGACAAGAGCCAUAUUUGAGCGCAAGCUAGCCAGAACCAUAGUGGAGAAUGCUGGGAUUACUGAGCCCGAUGGCAGUGGCAGUAAUGGUGCGGGGACAGACAGCUCUGGGAGUGUAGUGCCAUUCAAACAGCCACCAAGUGCUACAUCAGCAAGCGAGGGUGGGGAUUUUGGUUACGAUUUAGGCCUUAACCCACCGGAGGAGGAGGCUCUGACGGAUCAGAGUAGAACUGUGUGCUGUAACGUGGAGGCACCGACACCUAAAACUGCACAAGUAUCACCCACUUUUUUCUACGGGGUGUGUCCACUGUGGGAGGAUGUAUUGACUAGGAAUGAGAGAGCCCAUGUGUACACGGAUAAGAAAGAAGCAUUACAGGCUGUAAAAAUGAUGAAAGGGGCUCGAUUUAAAGCUUUCUCCAAUCGUGAGGAUGCUGAGAAGUUUGCCAAAGGUAUUUGUGACUACUACCCCUCGCCUUGUAAAAGCACUCAAUGCGUUUCUCCUGUCAAACCUGGCCUGGUGUUCAGCAAAGACCACACAUAUAUGAUUGAGGCAGACACUAUUAACAGGGAAAAGGCAAACAGUUUUAAGAGCCCUCGCACUCAAGAUUUGACGGCUAAGCUGAGGAAGGCCGUGGAGAAGGGAGAUGAAGUGGCUUUCUCUGAUCUGGUCUGGAGCAACCCUCGUUACCUCAUUGGGUCAGGGGACAACCCUACUGUAGUUCAGGAGGGCUGCAGGUAUAAUGUGAUGCAUGUGGCUGCUAAGGAGAAUCAGCCAGGCAUUGUCCAGCUUUUGUUGGACACUCUGGAGAACCCAGAAUUCAUGCGGCUUAUGUACCCAGAUGACCAGGAGAGCAUGUUGCAGAAACGGAUCCGAUAUAUCGUAGACCUCUAUCUCAAUAUGCCAGAUAAAGCUGGAUUCGAGACCCCUCUCCACUUUGCUUGUAAGUUUGGCUGCCCAGAAGUGGUGAACGUACUCUGUUCUCAUCCAGACAUAGACAAGAAUGGCAAGAACAAGUACAACCAGAAACCUACUGAGGUUAUUUGUGAAAGAAUGAGAGAAAAAGGUAAAGUUCAGGAAGUCAAGCAGAAGAUACAUGAAUAUUUAGAAGAUCGAUUAUAUAUCCCCUUAUUGAGAGCCACUGAUAACUCCUCUCAACCUGUUAUUGGUGCUCCAUGGUCACCUGAGCCAAUGGAUAAACUGUCUCUAAGGUUACCUAGAAGCCCAAAUGAUCCAGUUAUGGCAGUAAGGGCCUAUGCUGGGCCGUUAAGUCCAUCUAAAGCUGAUGAGUUCAGACGUGCAUGGAAGACACCUCCCAGAGAACGGGCAGACUAUUUCCACAACAUUUUAAAGUCUGACCCAGACCGUGGGGCAGAACGAGUUGGCAGAGAUCUGGCCCAUGAGCUUGGUCACUUCUGGGCAGAGUACUGGGACUUCCUGGAUAGUUUUGUGGACCUGUCAUCUGCUGAAGGCCUGAAAAUGCUUGAAGAGUACCUCAGUAAAAAUUAUUUCAAGGAACGCGCUCAUGAAGAGUCGGGAGAGAAUAAAACCAGCAACAGGUUUAAAACCCCAUCUCCAGGCAAACAUAAAAAGUUUUGUAACUCCAUCUCUGUGGGGGCAUUUCUGGACGAGGGUGAUGACAUCAGUCUGGAGGAGAUCAAAAACAGGCAGAAUGCUGCUCUCACCAGCAUUUCUUCUGUAUGCUCCAAAGAUGGCUUGCAGGGGGCGGUAGGGGGUCUAGAGAUUCAUAUCCUUCCUGCCUCGCUCAGCACUGAUCUCAUAGAGGCUGCAGCAGAGCAGGAUCUUCUACUGUCUGAAAAAUCUUUACUCUCCAACAGUAAAAAUGGCCUGUGUGAGGAGGGCCCCAGAGAUAGGACUCCAAACGGGAACAAAAUGCCCCCUCGCAUCUGCGGCUCCUCCAAUUCCUGUAUGCUGUCACCCAUCUCCAACCUAAUGGCAGAGUUUGAGAGAAUGUCUCUGUUUGAUGAGCCUGAAAGGACAAACCGAGAGAGGAAAAGGAGUGGGGGGAAACAUCACAGUGACGCAGAUGCCACAGAGCUCUCGUCUGGACUGGGCCAUCUCUCGUUGUCCUCCGAAGACGACUCCGUAUUUGAGAAAGACAGGACAUCGCUGUUAAUAGCAACUGAGAAGGAUGAAGUGGAGAGAAGAAAGGAAGAUGUGAGGUCCAGCGCAAGUUCAGAUGAAUAUUUUAUAGCUAAUGAGAGGUUAGAAUUGAUGAGUCAAAGGACUAUAGAAGCUCCAAGGGGAGAGCACACAAUCUGUGCCAGGUCAAAGUCCUGGGAUCAUGGGGGAAGAGACCUAAGCUCCUCAGGGUCUUCCAGAUCCUACAAAUCUCUCGACAGCUCUCAGGACUUUAUAUUGAGGUCGCCUCCCAGAAUGACGAAAAGACUCUUCAUCAAAGGGGAUUCACCCACGAAGUUGGACAGGGAGGUUUUGUUGGCUUUACAAGCCUCAGACAUUGACCCUCUUAAGUAUCCCAGCAUUCACAAAUGGAAGAGCACAGUUCAGACAUACUCCAACUUAGAAAUGCAAAGCUGGCAGACUCCUGCUGUUUGCAAAAGCCAUUUCAGGCCUCAUUUUGUAACCCCUGGCUCUCCAGCGAGCAACCUCAUGUCACCUGUGAGCCGUUUCAACCCAGCUCGCCACAUGGGCUCACCAGAUCUCUGCAGCCCUGGACGCUACAGCCCAGCACACUCUAACUACAACCCUGCUCAUUCAAACUAUAGCCCUGUGAGCUACAUCCAACGGAUUCGUCUCAAACACUUCAGCAAUGCCCCCAUUUAACAAAUGCUCUUUACCCUGCCUAGCCACGCCCUGAAUUUUUACAAAUUAAUUACUGUCUGAAAUGACAAACUCCAGUGUGAGCUGUCUCAAAGGAUGGAAUGUCCCCAAGGAUAAUGAUGUCAUAAUAGAAGAUCUGAAAUGAGAGAUUUGAAUCAGCUCGAAGUUAAACUAAAACAAUUAGUGCAGUCGAAAUCGCUGUUUAGAUCACUCAACAGGCCGUCCUUCAGUUUGACCACAUAUGAACACACUGGGUGUCAUGCACAGAAGUACUGAAUAUAUAUAUAUUCACUGAUCAUGCUUGAGAUGUUUCUACAACUUGAAUGAAGUCCAUCUGUGGUAAAUUCAGUUGAUUGGACAUGAUUUGGAAAGGCACACACCUGUCUAUAAAAGGUCCCACAGUUAACAGUGCAUGUCAGAGCACAAACCAUUGUCUUAUGGGGAAUUGUUUGUAGAAUUUUGAGGAAAAUAAUGAAUUUUAUCAAUUUUGGAAUAAGGCUGUAACAUAACAAAAUGUGGAUAAAGGGAAGUGCUGUGAAUACUUUCCGGAUGCACUGUGUGUAUAUAUAUAUAUUCAGUACUUCUGUGUAUGACACCCAGUGUGUUCAUAUGUGUUCGUUUAGACUUUAUCUAACACAUUCUUUUCCAUUUUAUUUCUUAUAGAUGUGUGUAUGUUUGGGAAUUUGAUCUGUGGAUAACAAUUUGCAAAGCUGUGUCAUUAAGGGACAAUUUAGAAUUUCCUAUUUAACACAGUGAUUUAAAUUGUAGGGAAAAAAAAGAUAUUCAAUAUGUAAACUCAGAGCUAAAUUAAAAUGAUAUAGUAGUAAAUUAUUUAAUUAUUUUUGUUGUUGUCAGUAGCACAAAAUGUUUCGAUGACUGCCAGAUGUUUUUAUUUUUUAAUUGGGGAACUGCCUUAAAUUUCAGAGAGUAAAGACCAACCUCAAAUGCAGUUGUUCAUUCAUGCAUCGUUAAUAGCAGCCUUAGGUGUUUGGAAAAAAAUAUGAGGUCUAUAAAGGAAGACGUGACAAUAGUCCCAUUUUUAUUUUAAGUUCAAUAAAUGUGAUUAUUAUUUUGAAGUACUUGUUUUGCGUUUUUAAUUAGUUUUGGUGUUUGACAGUUCAUUAUGACAAUUAGAUAUCCAAGCACACACUCACUGAUUCAUUAUGACUAGGGAUAGUAAGUUGGCACUGAUAUUGCAUAAAUAUCAUAAUAGCUGUAAAACCUACAUGAUUAUGGAGCGAGUUUUGUAAAUGCACUUGAUAUGUAUUCAUAGGUCAUUGCAAUAUCAGCCAUUGAUUAUGGGAUGUGGGACAAUUUUACUACUAGAUCAUGUCAAUAUGAAUAUCUCAUUUGCUUUUGAAACGAAUGCACCUCAUUUCUUCUGGAAUCAAAGUUGGAUGAGACUGAUUAACAGCUGGCUUCCACAGAAGAGCUCCCGGUAGCUCAGCUUUAUGUGAAGAAUACUCUGAAAAUCCCAAGGAAACGAGUCUAGAACAUCCUCUGCUGUACUUUCAAAUCUAUUAUUUGUGCCCAUCAUUUUCAGUGUAGUGCUGGCCUGUUGAUCUUUGCUUUGAAAAGCUUUUGUGCCUUUGAUUAUGAUCUGUUUGGAAGGGCCUGUGGCUCCUCAGUAUGCAAGAUGCACAGAAAACAAAAGCUAAAUUGACCUUUUUCUCUCUAUUUACUAGUUUAAAAUACAGAAAAGUAGCAAUGGCAUAUGAAGUGUCUAAAUGCGUCUUUUACAAGAUUGUAAGAGAAGAAAUAUGGUUUACAGUGUAGUUAUUGCUAGUGUUGUAUCAAUGCCAGCCUUAAUUUCUGUUAAAAAUAAUGCUUUGUAGUGCCAACACUGGUGAAUUGAAAACAAGUUGCUGUUUAUGGUUGAGAAUUGAAUUAUUUUUCUUGUCCUGACCUUUACUUUCCAUGCAUUUUUAGUUCUAUUUAAUUACAGUAUACAUCAAAGGAAAUGAUUUGAUGUUCUAUUGACAAACGAUUAA